AACACUACUCUUUGUUCCCCUUCUUCUUCUUCUUCUCCUCUUUUUCCUCUCUUAUUUCACCAAACAAAGCUUCUCCCUUUCCUUUGUCAAAUUCAUUCCUCAUCACAACAUCAUCAUAACAUCACUCUCUCUCUCUCUUCUUCUCAUCUUCUUCCUCAACUCAACUUCCACUCCCCUUCUUCUUCUUCUUCUUCUUCUGAAACAUCCUUCAAUCUCUCUCUCUCUAUCUCCUGUUCUUUUCUUGCUUUGUUUUCAUUGUGUUUAUGUGUGUUGUGUUUUUCAAUUCCACCAUUAAAGCUCUCUCCUUUCACUUUCCAACCAUCACCUCUCAUCCCUGUUCCAUCAUCUCACUAUCAAAGCUCUCUCCUUUACCUCUCCAACCAUUGUCUUCUCCAUUCUCCACCAUUAAAGCUCUCUCCUUUCUUGUUCUCUGAUCACCAUUCCAUGAUUCCACUAUCAAAGCUCUCUCCUUUCACUAUGCUCCUCCAUCUCCUUCUCCUCCUCCUAAUCUACACCUCCCCAUCCACCUCUCAAGACCUUUCUCCAUCUCAAUCCAAAACACUCCUUCGUCUCCAACGUCUUCUAGAGUUCCCUUCAGCUCUCUCCUCCCUCUCCUCCUCUUCCUCCUUCUGUUACCUCCCUCCUUCUCCUUCCUUCUCCCUCUCCUGCUCCUCCGGCCAUCUCACCUCCCUUUCCAUCUCCGGCAACAACACCUCUUCCUUCACUCUCUCUUCUUCCUUCUCCUCCGACUCCCUCUUCACCACUCUCACCCGCUUCCCCUCCCUCACCACCCUCUCCCUCGUCUCUCUUGGCCUCUGGGGUCCUCUCCCUUCCAAGCUCCACCGCCUCUCCAACCUCAAACUCCUCAAUCUCUCCUCCAAUCACUUCUCCGGCUCCAUCCCCCCUCAACUCUCCACCAUGACCUCCCUCCAAGCUCUCAUCUUGAGCCACAAUUCCCUCAACGGCACCCUCCCUGAUCUCCACCCUCUCUCCUCCAUCACCGACCUCGACCUCAGCAACAACCUCCUCGGUCCUGACUUCCCCACCUUCUUGAGUACCAAUCUUGUCUCUCUAAUCCUAUCAAAAAACCAUUUCCAUGCUUCUAUUCCUCUUCAACUUCAAUCUCUUGAUAAACUUCAAAAGCUUGAUCUUUCCUCUAAUCUAAUUACUGGAAAGAUCCCACCUUUCUUGUUCUCUUUGCCUGCAAUUCAAUAUCUAGAUUUAUCAAGCAAUGGCCUCGCCGGAGCUUUUCCGGUGAGUUUGUCUUGUGGUGCUGCACUUGCUUAUGUUGAUGUUUCUAAUAAUCUCUUGACUGGAACAAUGCCUCUGUGUCUUCGGUCCAAUUCUUCGAAUCUUUUCGUAUUGAAUUCGGGGAAUUGCUUGAUUGGAGUGAAUCCAAAGAACCAGCAUUCUGGUUCUUAUUGCAACCAGGGAGCAUUGGCUGCAAUUCUUCCUCCUGUGGAGAAGAACAACACUGAGUCAAAGAACAACCAUUUGGGACUUAUAUUAGGCAUAGUCGGAGGAAUCAUCGGCGGCGGGAUGGUGAUCGGGUUAUUGUUGUUUGUAGCUUUGAGGAGGAUUAAACCAGAGAGUUUUGAUAAAAAACUAUUGCCGAAAUCUAGCCCCGGUUUGCCUACAAUUCAAGUUUCUCCAAGAACACCUGCAGAAACAAGACAUAUGUCUCAAGCUGUGAGGAUUGGGACGAUCGGAUUAAUGCCUUAUCGUGUUUUCAGUUUGGAAGAACUCGAAGAAGCUACUAAUGAUUUCGAUCCUGGACAUCUAAUUGAGGAAAGUCCUCAAGGGAAGUUCUACAAAGGUUGGCAUAGGGAUGGAUCGAUGAUUAUGAUUAGAUGUAUAAAAUUAAAGCAAAAGUAUUCAGCUCAAAGUUUGGUUCAGUUCACUGAUACACUGUCGAAGCUCAGGCAUCGACAUUUGGUCAGUAUCCUUGGACAUUGCAUAGUUAGCGGCCAAGACAAUGCUGGCAUGACGAUCUUUCUUGUUACUGAGUAUGUUUCAAAUGGAACACUUAGGAGUCAUUUAAUCGAGUGGCGAAAGCGGGAGAUGUUGAAAUGGCCGCAGAGGAUAGCUGCCGUGAUUGGCAUUGCGAGGGGGAUCCAAUUUUUACAGACGGUGACAGUCCCGGGUAUUUUCGGUAACAAUUUGACUAUCGAAAACAUUUUAUUAGAUGAAACUCUCACAGCAAAGAUCAGCAAUUAUAAUCUUCCUGCCCUGCCAAAGAACAAGAAUAACAAGAUCGGUUCUGAGAGUCCUUUCGGUGGCGCAUCUGAAGGAAGUGAACUCGGCAGUGUGGAACAUGGUGAAAAGGAAGAUGUGUAUCAACUCGGGCUAAUUCUGCUAGAAAUCAUCGUCGGUAAACCUACUGAAUCGAGAAGUGAACUCGAUACACUUAAACUUCAACUGCAGAGGAGUUUAUCAGAAAACCCUGCAAAGCUAAGGGGAAUGACCGAUCCGACAAUACGAGGAACCUUUGCUCAUGAUUCAUUGCAAACUGCUGUGGAAGUUACCCUCAAUUGCUUGGCAAAUGAACCGAAAGAGCGGCCAUCGAUCGAUGAUGUUCUAUGGAAUUUGCAGUACACUGUCCAGGUUCAAGAUGGAUGGGCCAGCAGUGAGAACUUGAGCACUCAAUCAUAGAUCUGAAACUAAUUAAAUUAUGUGUGUGCGCAUUGUGAUUGCAUUGCUUUUAUUGUGGUUAUAAUUUAUAUAUGCUUUGCAUGGUCUUUGCCAAUGCUUGUCUACCAACAAUAUCAUGGUAGAUGUUAUCUGUA